UGAUUAUAUCCCUUCUGACAUUGUCGAUGUUCUCCCGUGACAGAAGAUAUUUUACCUCGAGGGGCUCUUGAAGAAAUUCCGGUGAAAUCAUGGAAGCUGAUGAUGACUUGGACCUACUGGCCUCCCUCCUGGAAGAAAAUGAGGAAGCUGAGGAGGCAAAUCCUCCUGAGGAGGAAGAUGCCCUAAAGAAUGAGGGCGGAGAACCAGAUGAAUACGAUGAGCUCUUUGAUGCAGAAGAUGAUGCAUCCUAUACUGAGGAGGUCAGCGCAGAGGACAGCAUAAUUGAUGAGCAGAAGGAGAACCUGGCUGCGCUGUUUGGAGACGUGGAUGACCUGUUGGAAGAAGAGGAGGUAGAAGAAACUGUUUCUACUUCAGCUCCCAGUCAAGAAAAAGAGAAGACCAAUGAAGAAUUGCAAGCUGAGCUGAGAAAAUUGCAAGAACAGAUGAAGACAUUACAGGAGCAGUUGCAGAAGACAGCUAUUGGGCAGCAAUCCAGUUCAGGCCCUGAGAAGAAAACCCCUGGUAAAUCUCCCUGUCUGCCCUUAAAGGAAAGGAAAGUUCAGAAGCUGCAAGAGUCACCCUGUUUCUCAGCUCAGCUGGGCAAUCCUUUACUGACAGCCAGGCGAGGAAUCCAGAAAUCCAAAGCCUCCUCAGCAGAAACUAAGACUCCUCCUCCGCGACAAGUCCUCAGUCUGGCAUUCCAGCCUCUCAAGUCUGCCCCAGGGAACACACCCAAUAAGGUGACCAGAGAGAAGACUCCUCAGACGCCUACAUGCUCCAGUACAACGUCUCAGCCAGUGUCUGUGGAAACCUUCUCAGGACUGAGAUUAAGAAAACCCCGGGUUUCAUCAGCCGAAAUGGACAGAAAAAUGGCUAACCGGAAGCUGAUCCGACUGUCCCAGCUGAAAAGCAAACUUGCUACAGAAAACUUGGAGGAAACAGACUGGGUGACAUUUGGAGUUAUAAUAAAGAAAGUCACUCCUCAGAGCGCAAAUAAUGGCAGAACCUUCAGUAUCUGGCGGCUGAACGACCUGCGGGAUCUCAAUCAAUCCGUCUCACUCUUCUUGUUUGGUGACGUCCAUAAGGAGCACUGGAAGACAGACCAAGGCACAGUCAUUGGGCUGCUCAACGCUAAUCCUAUGAAACCUAAAGAGGGCUCAGAUGAGGUGUGUCUGUCUGUUGACCAUCCCCAGAAGAUCCUGCUCAUGGGUGAAGCUCUGGACCUGGGUACCUGCAAAGCCAGGAAGAAGAAUGGUGGUUCCUGCACACAAAUAGUGAACCUGAAUGACUGUGAGUAUUGUCAGUACCAUGUACAAUCCCAGUACAAGAAGCUCAGCUCGAAGCGGGCAGAUCUGCAGUCUACCUUCUCUGGGGGCCGCAUUCCCAAAAAAGUUGCUCGGAAAAAUCCUGGUUUGAAGGAGAGGCUGUGCCAAGAUGGAUUUUACUAUGGAGGAGUCUCUUCAACAGCAUACGCAGCCUCAGUUGCAGCAGCUGCCGCCCCGAAAAGGAAGGUUCAAACCACCCUCUCCAAUCUGGUUGUGAAAGGAGUUGAUGCAAUUGUCCAGGAAACCAAGCAGAAAAUUGGUGCAGCGAAGAGGCCCAUGCCAUGUUCUGAGGAGUUCAAAGAACUGCUGGCACAGCCAACCUUUGGAGCACGAAACCUGUGCAAGCACUGGACCAAAGCAGAUGCUGAAAAUAAGCAAGGGGGCAAUUUCCAAUCUCUCUCUGCGUCAGCACUGCUCAAACAACAGAAACAGAAGUUGCUGGAGGCCAGGAAAAAGCGAUCUGAGGAGAUUCAGAGGAGGUUUCUCCAGAACACAAGUAAAGCUGGCAGCCCUGCUCUCCCAUCCUCCUCUGGGCAGUCCUCACACCUUUCCCCAACACCUGGGGCAGAAUUUCCCAAAGCUGCAAAAAUGUCAACUCCUCAAAGGCCCAGGCUUGGCACAGGCUUCUCAGAAGGAGAAGAUAUCCUCUUCUUUGAUGGGCCUCCACCGCCAACACCAAAACUAGGCAGCUUGGCAGAAGCCAAAAAGAUGGCUGCAAUACACCGACUACAAGCAAAAGGCCAGGUUCUUGCUAAAACUGAUCCAAACAGUGUCAAGCGGAAAAGAGCUGAUCUUGAUGAUGUCCUAGAAAUUGUUGAAAGAGUUGAGAAAAAUGUUGCUCAGUCACAGAACACAGAUGCAAGAAACGAUGUGGAGGAACUGGAGCCUGCCCAGAAGAAGCGACGUGAGCAGCUGGCCUAUCUGCAGUCAGAAGAGUUCCAGAAAAUCCUGAAUGCCAAGUCCAAGCACAUGGGUGUCCUGAAAGAGGCUGAGGCUGAGCUGCAGGAACAAUACUUUCAGCCCCUGGUGAAAAAGGAAGAAAUGGAAGAGAAGAUGAGGAACAUUAAAGAAGUGAAAUGUCGUGUUGUGACAUGCAAAACAUGUAAUUACACCUAUUUCAAGCCUCUGGAGACGUGCGUGCAGGAUAGCCACGACUACCACUGGCAUGAUGGCAUCAAGCGAUUUUUCAAGUGUCUGUGUGGCAACCGAGCCAUUUCCCUUGACAGGCUCCCCAAAAAACCCUGCAGCACCUGUGGCCUCUUCAAGUGGGAGCGAGACGGGAUGCUAAAGGAGAAAAAAGGUCCGAAGAUUGGUGGAGAAACACUUUUACCGAGAGGGGAAGAGCAACCAAAAUUCCUCAAUAGUCUUAAGUGACCUGGAGUUGUUGUUUUCACCACAUAAGGACAGAUUUCUAUGUCUAACCCACACGUUACUGGAAUGCCAGGAGGAUUCUGGCUUGAUGAAUGAGCAGGGAAAUCAAUUCCUUGUGAGAAGGACAUCUACAAAGUCUCCUCUCGACCGGAUCACUGCAUGGGCAUUCGGCAUCGAUCUUUUUAAAACUGCCUGAAAAAGGCUGCAUAUGAAAUACCCAUUCAUGUCUGUUCUUUCUUAGUAACAGCUGGUUUACAAGAUUUAGCCUAGAACAGAGACAGGUACUGUGGAGUUUGUACCAAGAAAUCCCUAGGGAUCCCACAGUUUAUGUGAAACGACUAGUGCAGAAUGACCCCACCAGAAUUUUAAGGGACAAAUCAUCGUGAACUGGGAGAACUCUGACUGAGAAGUCUGAUUCUGUAUGCACUUGUGAAAUUAAUGUUGUGGUGCUUAAUGUCAGCCUUGGGCUUUUUCAGCUGUUGGCUGAAAAGGGGUCUGAGGGGGUUGUAACCACACAGCAGUCUUUGUUGGCUCCAAAGUUACUCGCUUGGAACUUUUAGGAGCAGAUUUCAAGUGGUUCCCGAGUCGUCGUCUCCUUGGCUUAUGACUUCAAAAAACUUCUGUGCCCCCCAGGUGUCUGCAGCGCAGGCUAACCAGAGCUCUUACAAAAGCCUUUCCCUUUCCCACAGCCCGUACUGGAUUCCCAGCACCACCCACACUACAACACUUCUACAGCUCCCACCUCGGAAAAGGCAUUUUAAUGAGUCUGGCAGUCUUGUGAGUGGUCUUAAAGAGCUGGGUGAUUCUGUUGCACAGCUUUUCCCCUUUUUCUGGCAUUUUAAAUCUUCCUGAAAACCUUCCCCUUCACUGCCUUGUGGACCUUAGAUCCCUGGGGGGACAGGAUAUGUCCCAAACCAAGCAGGAGUGAUCCCAGUAGGAUCACAAGGGGUUUUUAAGUACCUAAAACCACCAGCAUCUCUGUGAUUUGGUGGAACUGCCACAGCCUUAUGUCGCAGUGGCCUCAUCAAUGGCUCUUGUUUGCUUGCACAGGGGCUGGAAGGAAAAUGUUCCUUCGUUUGAAGCAUCUGGGCGGGUUUACCUGUGUGCUCUAGCCCUUGUCUCCAGGUGGUGCUUCUGCUGGGCAGCUUUGCCUGGCACAUUACCUUCGUUUUAGUCUCAUUUUGGUACUGUUUGGGGCAGGAGGUGUCACUAGUUGGUGACAAUAAAUAUGGAGCUGUGACAUUGCUUGGAAAUGUCCCUUGUUGCCUCAUCCGGAAUAAACACUGCAUAAUCGAGCA